AUGGAUAAAAAACCUUCAUUUCAGUCUAAUGAAUAUGGUGUUAUAUCAGUCAAUGCAUAUAAAAAUUUUACCGACAAAGACGAAAUCAUUAAAGCCGGCGCAAAUAAUACUAUUAGAACGAAUAAUUACUAUUUUUCGACUGUUACAAUUCAAGAUAAUGUUAAAUUUGAAGCUAACAGUGCACUUGGAGCAUAUUUAGAAUCUGGCUCUGGAGGAGCAAUUUUCACUUGCUUUUGCAAAUUGCAGGCUAAUAAAGCAACUUUUGAAAGAAAUGUUGCUUCAAUAGGUGGAGCAAUUUGUGGUCUGGCAAGCAGCUAUUGGAUUUCAAUCUGUACCUUCACCUCUAAUAAAGCCUACAAACUAGGAGGUGCAAUUUAUCUUCAUAAUGGUUUCCGUGAAGAAAGUCUUGGUGCUGCUGAUAUUCAGCAAAACUUUCUCAUUUCAGAGUGCAAAUUCAAUGAAAACAUUGCUCAGGAAUGUGGAGGAUCUUUAAGUUUAGAUCAAGUUAAUGCCCCUUACAUCGAAAAGUCUGAAUUUAAAAAGAAUUUCGCUUCAUUAAGUGGCGGUGCUUUAUACGCAAUUAAUUUAGAUAAUUUGAAACUAUUCAAUUGUAAUUUUACAGGAAAUAAUUUGAGCAACAACAAACAAAUCCAUUCUGAUUAUGGAAAUAAAAACUUUCGGGCAAAAAAUGGAUUUGGUGCCAACAUUAGAGGAGGAGGUGCAAUUUUUGCACGUGGUUUAAAGGAGUCACAAGAAUCUUUCAACUUGUAUACCCAAAACUGCAUAUUUAAAGAAAAUAAAUUUAAUAAAUCCUCAAACAUUGAUUAUAAUGGAGGUCAUUGCUUAAUGCUUCAAGGUAUUAAAUGGAUGAGUGUUAAUGAUUGCUUACAAAUCCCAUUUGAAACUAAUAUAGCUGGAAAUUAUAAUAUAACAAGAACUAAUGAGCAAAAAAGUUGUGGCAAUGAUGCAGAAACAAUAUAUCCAUUCCCUAAAUAUUAUACUUUCGCUUCACCUAAAAAUCUUAUUGGCUUGGAAUCAUCAACAACAGAUUUGCCUACUCCAAGCAAGUUUACCUAUUAUGCGACACCACUCAUCAGAAACCCUCACAGAAAUGAUGAACCGAAACCUAAUUUAGAAAAAUUUUCACUUAUCCAUGAAAUAAAGCCUCAGACAACAAGGACAAACUCCCCUACAAGAUCUAAUAUUCCUCUUGCCAUCACAAAUGUUCCUAAAGAUUUUCCUAAGGCAACAACAAAGAUAUUAACUCAAAUGGCCACAUUCACUAACACAUUUUCCAUUACAAACACUAUCACAACAACAGUACAAGAAAAAAACGGGGAAUUCUACUAUACAUUUGCAAAUGCCCAAACCACAAUUGAAAUCCAGACAAUAACGUUAGCAGAAACAUAUGUUGUUAUAUUUGAUGAGCCUGCUUAUCAGAAGCAAAUGGACCAACAGAAAAGCAGGAGAAAUAUGAUUAUUGCAAUUGCAGCUGCUUGUGUCGGAUUGAUUGUUGUUGUGAUCCUUAUUAUAAUAUUCUUGAAGAAGAGAUCAACUAAAGAAGAAAGCGACCAAUCUGUUUUAUCAAUGGAUUCAGAACAAGUUGGCAAAUACAUGAACACAUCUACUACCACUGCUGUAACUCAAGAAAAUCCUCUAUGGUCAUCCCAGUUAAUUAAUUAUGAUGGUGACGAUCCUUUCAAGGGAGAUUUCCAGGAGCAGACCAAAGAAGGUUAUUUUGCUGCUACCAAUGAGGAAAUGCGAGAUGUUGACCAGGAUUGA